AAAUCUACGUAAAGAGGAAGCGCGUUGUCUCUUUCCAAAAUGGCGGCCACCAUAGAGAACAGCGCUGCCGGAGCUGCGAAUAAGAAAAAACAUUUAGGGAUUCCUGAAGCAGUGUUUGUAGAAGAUGUAGAUUCGUUUAUGAAGCAGCCUGGCAACGACACAGCGGAUGCCGUACUGAGGAAGCUUGAUGAACAGUACCAGAAAUAUAAAUACAUGGAAGUAAACCUGGUUCAGAAAAAAAUGAGGUUGAAAAACCAAAUUCCACAAAUCAAGCAGACGUUAGAAAUCUUACGGCACAUGCAGAAGAAAAAGGACACUACAGAUCCAAUGGACACACACUUCCUAUUGGCUGAUAAUGUGUACUGCAAGGCCUCUGUUCCGCCCACAGAUAAAGUGUGUUUGUGGCUUGGGGCCAACGUAAUGUUGGAGUAUGAUAUAGAUGAAGCUCAGACGCUACUGGAGAAGAAUCUCGGUACGGCUUCUCGAAACCUGGAGUCUCUAGAAGAAGACCUGGACUUCCUCCGAGAUCAGUUUACAACCACUGAAGUCAACAUGGCACGUGUGUAUAACUGGGAUGUAAAGAGGAGGAGCAAAGAUAACCUUCUUAAAUCAGCUGAGAAGUCUUAAAGGAGACGUGACGCUUCCCUGUCGGUGAAACGCCCCAGUCAGUUCCCCUCCACACUGUUAUCUAUUGAUUUUGUUACUUUUAAAGUAUUUUUUCAAGUAAAAAGGAAAUGGAAACGAAACAGAAAUCACAAUGUCAGUUUUCUUUUUUCCAUAAAUCAGUAGAUAUUUGCUUCAUUUAACCUGGAUGUUGCGCAAUUGUUCAUUUAUUUUCUUCCUACCGAAGUCUGGUGUUCAUGACACAGAGUUCAGUUGUUUCCUGUUUAUGGGAGAAAUGUACUGCUUUUGAAAAAGUCAAAGUGAGAAGACUGGUCAAAGGGGUGAAUUGCUGUAAAGGGGGAAAAGUAUGUAUAAUAAACCCUCCAGGGGAAACUGGAUGGGUUCGCUGGUUAACCUUCCCAUCUGGCCUGACUCCUCUUGCGUCUGUCUUUCCCCUCCUUCUCUUGACUGACUCACUCUGGCUCUUACAUCUGCUUUUUUCUCUCCCUUUUUACUUAUUUCUCAACUGUAUUUAUUUGUCAAAUUGUUUUCAUUAAAACUGAACGAGCAACUCACAA